AUGGUGGAGAACAAGCGCGUCUUCCUGGAGGAGCACCGGAUCCGCGGUAACGAGGCAGGCCCCUCCCAGCACGUGACCAUUGCCGCGGUGGCCAACAUCUUGCAGGAGGCUGCGGGCAACCACGCGGUGGCGAUGUGGGGCCGCAGCAGCCAGGGCUUCGCCACCGACCCAGAGCUGGUGGAGCGGGGCCUGAUCUUCGUCAUGACGCGCAUGCAGAUCCAGAUGCACCGCUACCCGCGCUGGGGCGACCUGGUCCAGGUGGAGACCUGGUUCCAGGCCGCGGGCAAGCUGGGCGCGCAGCGCGAGUGGCUCCUGCGCGACAAGCUGACCGGCGAGGUGUUGGGCGCCGCCACCUCCACCUGGGUCAUGAUCAACAUGCGCACGCGUCGCCCCUGCCGCAUGCCGGAGCUGGUGCGGUGGAAGUCGGCGUGCUUCGCGCGCGAGCCGCCGCGCCUGGCCCUGCCCAGCGACGUCACGCGCGCCAAGCUGCCGGCGGUGGCGGACCCAGCCCCGCUGCGCGGCAACCGCCAGGUCGCGCGCCGCGCCGACAUGGACAUGAAUGGGCACGUGAACAACGUGGCCUACCUGGCCUGGACACUGGAGGCGGUGCCGGAAGAGGUCUGGGCCGGUUCUCACCUGUACCAGGUGGAGAUCGACUUCAAGGCCGAGUGCCACGCGGGAGACGUGGUCUGCUCCCUGGCGCAGGAGGUGCCGCCGCAGGAAGCGCUGACGCACAACGGCGCAGGCAGGGAGCCGGCCUGCUACGUGCACAGCCUCCUGCGCGGCGAGACGGAGCUGGUCCGCGCGCGGACCACGUGGCGAGUGUCCGACGCGACCCGUGGUGGUGUCGCCGCCCACGGCAGCGCUGCGGCGGCCUCCAACGGCAGCGCUGCGGCGGCUUCCAACGGCAGCGCCCCUCAUGCCAACGGAAACGGCGCCCACUGA